AUGCAUGUGCUUGGGUCGACGAAUGCGAAGGAAAAGCCGACUACGUUUAAUCCAUCCCAUCUCUAUGUCACGACCGGACCGUCAAUCAGGGUCCCACGCAUAUAUUGUCCGCCAGAGACGAAUAUCGCCGUCCAGGUGAUCAUGUUUGACCGGCCCCAUCCGACACGAAUGCAAUACAUGUCGUUAAAUCCGAUCUCUUUGGCUUUGGGCGAUAAACCUUCGACGGCGGAAAGGGAUGGGACCGUACCGGAUAGUGUCGAUGCGGAGGAAGAGCGCGAAAAGCAACGGUCACGGAAACUAGUCGAGAAGUUGAAGCUUCACACGGUGGUCAGGCAUGUUCCGUCUCAGAAAGAGCAAGCCCUUCCGGUGAUAUUGAACCAGGUUAACUGUGCCUUCGAGAUGGGGAAACUCAUGGAAAAGAAUAGCGGCCUUGUCGGCACGAGGGCAAAGAGAAGUAUGAGCAUGGGAGAACGGGUGGUCGAAUCUGCAACGACGUUAUGGGAUUUCUUUGUCCUUGGUAUUGCCUACGUCUUUUGGCAGUGGCUCUGGCCUGUCAUUACGAGAGCCUUCGUGAUCGGGCUUGUCUGCCAUCGUGCUGUUGCUGAGGUUGUCCUCCAGUUCCUGGAGUGGCGCGCUCGACCGGAUGCAGCUGCGCUAAAAGACAUAUCUGCUACUGCGCAACAGGUUGAUAUUCGACUACAACAAUUCUGCUACUGGCCUAUCCAGUAUACGAAACUUCGACAACGGAAGGACAAUUGGGAAAGUGUGACGAACAGCCAUCCAGACUACAUUCGAUUCUAUAACAGCUUGUGGCUGGUCGCGAACGAUGUGAUCAUCGGCAUUGCUCUGGGAUCGUAUAUCAUUGACAACGCGCACUGGGUCGCAUUUCAGAUCAACAAUAUCCUGAGCGGCUACACGGUAGAAGGCCUGCAGCGUACCAUUUCAUGGCUGAUGGACUGGCCAGCGGGGUUGAAGCUUAACAACGAGCUGGCUGCCUUUCUGGGUGACCUUUUCUUAUGGGUCAUUGAACAUUGGGCAGCAUGCAUCGCCAAUCUCCAACCAUACCUUCCGAGUGUGAUCUAUGUCAUUGGCUGUUCCAGCUUCGCAGGUGCCAGCAUGCCAAUUGCGCUGUUCUCCGACCUCCUCUCUGUCCUAACAGUACACAUCUACUCGUUUUAUAUUGCCUCUGCGCGCAUCUUCAACUGGCAGCUCACCAUCAUCAUAUCUCUUUUCCACCUCUUCCGCGGAAAGAAGAGAAACGUGCUCCGGAACCGAAUCGACUCCUGCGACUACGAUCUCGAUCAACUCCUGCUGGGCACGAUCUUGUUCACUGUGUUGUUCUUCCUCCUACCAACAGUCAUCGUAUUCUACCUGACAUUUGCCUCUGCGCGAAUGUUAAUAAUCUCGUUGAAGGCGACUCUAGACACAUGCCUUGCGUUCUUGAACCAUUUCCCUCUCUUCGCGUUAAUGCUUCGUAUCAAGGAUUCAAGACGCUUACCAGGUGGCAUCCAAUUCGAGCUCUGCGAAGAACUCGAUAAAUCCUCUCCCACUCCUACCGUGAUAUCCUACAUCCAUCUUCAGUCCAUCCCCCUCUCCCUCCGUGCCAUGUUCGACCAGUACUUCCAACUAGGCCACCGCUUACGGAAGCACUACCUCUCUCCAAGCGUCAUUCUCUGCCUCGUCACCGGACGCUUCGUCCCGCCUAUCCAUCGUCGCAACCUCUACAGCAUGCAAUACAGCAUGUUGCCAGCACGCCGUGCCGGCAUGGCAGAAGUAUGGGCUCUAUUAACAGGAAAGAAGAGUAGCGGAGCCGGCUCCGCUGGUGGGCCUGUUGUAGGAUUAGGUAGCGUAGGGAGUGGUAUAUUGAAGGUACCGAAUGGAUUUGGUAGUGGAGCUGGGAGGAGAGGACACCGGUGA